AUGCGCGUAGCCAUUCGAUUGUUUUUAGCAGUUGAGCUUCGCGGAAAGUAUGCAUUCACAUCUGGCUGUCACAUCACUCGCUUGGCUGUGCAUCCUCGAUGGACUUGGCGCAGCUCUAUCAGCGGAGCUACGUGCGUAGAUGAGUUCGAAAUUCGAAGCAAAGGUUUAGGGUUUAUUUUUAAAACAUUUCCAGCUGCUGACAUAGAAAAGUGCCGCUUUGGUGACUCGCCCUGCCUGGUGCGCACCAUCAAUGAUCUGAUCAAGCGCCAUCCCAAGGGCAUACCAGAGAUUGGUCUGCCGCCGCUGGAUGAGUACAAUUUUCCCGAUUCCACCGUACUGGACGCGCCACAACGCGGCCCCAUCUGGAUGACCUUUCACAUGCGGCAUAAUGUGCACAGAGGCUUCAACAAUGCCACAGUCAGCCAUGUGGAGGGCUUCCAGCGGGAUCCCACCAAGAAGCAGAUCAUACUGAAGGCACGCCUGCCACGACUUGUCCACGAUGCCACCUACGACAUGCAGGGCAGGAUUCUGCUGUUUGUGGCCAACACCACCGGCAAACUGCAGUCGGAUUUCCAGAACUUUCGGCUAACACUGACCAUCAAGGUGAUACUGGAGUAUCGGAACAACAAGCGAUAUUUGAAGAUCUACGAUAUGGUGCCCAUCAUCGACAUAGAUCGCUGGAUCGUUUGGUUCGAUAACUUGUACGGGGAGAACGAGGAUGUGACCAUUGCCCUGAAUCACUCCUUCAACAAGCACUGGCUGGAGUUCUGGAAUAACCUGGAGCCGGGUAUACUGAAAACCUUCUCCACUGCCUUCACUGUGCUGCUGAACACGGUCUUCGAGCAGGUCGCCUACGAUGAUAUGUUUCUGCCGGAUAUUGACAUACGAUUUGGUUCUAGUGACGCUCAAAACUGAGAGAGGAGUUCUUUGUCUUGAAUAUAUCAGGGUUUAUUCAGA